AUGUUUGGGUUUGGGAAGUCGAUGCUUGGAAGUAUUUUUGGAGGGGUGAAGUCUGCCCCCUUUUCUUCUUCAGGACCCGUUUCAACCAUGUUGAUGACCAAGUCUCCAACGCCUUUGAAUACCAUGAAUUUAACAUUCAAGAGACUUAAGCAUGAAUAUGCUCCUCGUUAUAAGCGUAUCAGAAAGGCUAUGAAGGGAAAAGUGCCUGUUAGAACUGGUGGUUCUAUCAAGGGGAAUACUUUGCAAUAUGGCCAAUAUGGUAUGCGUUUGAAGACUGAAGGUACUCGGAUGACUGCAGCACAAUUGAAAGAAGCAGAUAAGGUUAUUUUAAGAGAAAUCAAGCCUUUUGGAGGUCAGUUGAUCCGUAGGUUGGCAUGCAACUUGGCUGUUUGUGUCAAGGGUAACCAAACCAGAAUGGGUAAAGGUAAAGGUGCCUUUGAUCACUGGGCUGUUAGAGUUCCAACCGGGAAAAUUUUGUUUGAAGUACGUGGAGAAAUUCACGAUAAGGUGAUGAGAGAAGCCUUUAGAAAGGCAGCAGCCAAAUUACCAGGUGUUUGUGAAGUUGUCACUAAGGAAUCUCCAAUCAGAGUUGGGUUAAAGCUGUUCAUAGAUAAAGUACCUGCUCCAAUCGACUAUAAAGAAAAGUUCAAUGAAAAGCCUAGUCGAAAAUGGGCUAAUGUGGUUGCUUCAGAAGAAGAAAUGUACCGUUCUUACAGAGGUCGCUGA